AGGGGAAAAUGAAUUACCGAGAAAAUGAAAUCAGCCCGGACAUAGUUAUGCCAAACGCACUCCAAGUUCCCCCACCUAGUGAGAAAUGAAUGAACCCGGGUUUACAACGGUCGGAUUAUUCUUCUCUCACCUCUUUAAAUAUACGGAACUCCCAAAUGUCUCUUCUUUAACUGUACUUGAUCCAGAGAGAGAAAAACAAAGAUUCAACAAUGGCGAAGAAAAUGAACGGAAUUGAGGUUAUAGAUAUCUGGUCUGACGAAGAAGACGAUGGAAGUUCUCCUGUAAUAGCAUAUAACUCGGUCAAAUCUGCUGUGAAAGGCGGAAAUAUGAAGAAGAAAAGACUAGUAAUUGAUGAUGAUGAUUGUUCGAUUCUGGAAAAUAAUCCUUUUGAUUCUGUUGAUAAACUCUCUACCGAUGAAGCUGCUAAGGAAUCUCAGGAAGAUCUCACUGUUAUAGCUGAAGUUGGUCAGGUUGCUUGCAGAGAUUAUCCGCAUUCGAGACAUCUUUGUGUGAUAUUCCCAUUCAACACGACAGCACACGCUAGCUACUGCCAACAGUGCUACUGUUACGUUUGUGAUUCAGUUGCUCCUUGUAAAUUUUGGGCAGCCCCAGUGGGACACUGUCAUGCAACAGCACUUGAACAAAAGUGGAGGAUUCUGAGAGAACAUCGGAAGCAUGGUUUCUUCAAGGACCGCCGACCUAGUUGAUUAUCCUGGGGAGUUUCAUUUUGGACAUACAGAUACUAGUCAUUGUACAAUAAUUCCGUGUCAGGUUUGGUCUUCUGAUUUUAGAGUCAGAUCCACGUGCUAUACUCUACUCGCGCUUACUGCGAAAUCAGCUUACAGCUUUUGGUUCCAACUGUUUACUGGUACACUUGUAGUAGUACUAAUGGACUUCUUCAGUUUAUCUUUUCCGCUCAGCUGAUAUGUGUAUAAAUUAUUCAGACUUCAGAGCUAUUGAAAAAUGAAAAGUGUGCUGAAUUAUUUUUGGUGUUUUCA